AAUCACCAUAGUUCAACAUAACAUAACUUAACAUGGCUGGCUAUCCCGGAGCCACGACAUCCUGUUCCCGACCACCCAAGCAACCUUUCUUUCUAUAUCAACCUUCCUUCCCCCAAUCUCAAUCCAGCAAUGGAUUAUUACAAGGUUCUGGGUCUCACCCGCAACGCAACCAAAGACGAGAUCAAAGAAGCAUUCAGAAACAUAGCCAAAAAGUUCCACCCCGAUAAGCACUCCUCCUCCCCCAAAUCCAUCCGGGACGGUGCCACCGUCAAAUUCAAGCAGGCAUCCGAGGCCUACGAGGUUUUAGUCGAUGAUCGCAAGCGUGCUGAUUAUAAUAUUCGCUCUAAUUCAAGCAAUACGGGCCGUGGUAGUAACGGGUACGGGUAUGGGAAUUAUGGAUACGGGUACACACGUGAUAACAGGAGUUAUGAUUAUUAUAGUAGCAGGAAGGCGUCUGUUUCUCGGAUUGAUAUUGCUUUGGGGUAUCUAAACAGCCGUGCCUUUCUUCUUCAUGUUGCUUUUGCUGGGGCUUUAUUAAGUGGUCUAGCCAUGGUUGAGAUAGGUAGAGAUAAAAUCUGGAAGAAGCAGAAUUCGGGUAAAUCGUUUGAAGAAGCAAUGGAAUCUAUACAAAAGACAAAAGCAGUUAAGAAAAAGGAAUAACAGGGUGUUGUUAUACUAACCAAAUUAUACAGAAAUAAGGUGGCGAAUGAACACAAAAGCAUGGUGUGUUGUAAUGAGAUGCUGAUUCACAGCCAUUCAGCUGAGAAGGAAUUCAUUGCAGAAGAAACAAGUGAAUGAUGUUUUCGGUACAAAAUGGAACGAACAUCAAGGCCAUCAACAGUUAUGAAAUCCUUUUUGUACAUUCAUGUUUUGUUUUGUUUUUUUUUUUUUUUUUUUUUUUUUUUUUUUUUUUUUUGUGCUAUUUCAGUGAAUGUGAUAUUAUAGAGUUUUCUUCAAGUAUUUUAGGCUCAGUCCUACUGUGAAUUGGCCAAAGAAUAAUGUUCAUAUAUUAACUUUGACAAAGUUAUAGUUACCACUAAAUUAAUAUUAGUGUCUCGUGCUGUUUUUUU